GUCAACACUUUCCUUGUUUGAUCUCUCUGUGAACCCCGUUUGAUCGUACUACCGGAAUCUCCUUAGUCCGACUCGUCAGUUUCGGCAUCAUACCAGAGUUAUUGUUCUACUUCACAUAUCAGCUUGACUCAAGCACCAGCGGUUAUCAGAGCAGGCAGUAAAUUCAUAGCUGGUAUACCGCCACAAUGGCCUCCUCUUUCAUCAUCAAGGAGCACAAAGUCGAAGGUCAACACAUCCGUGAGUAUGCCCGAGCUACUGCCGACUCCCAAGAAGAGGUCCUGUAUCUCUCCGUAAAGCAAUACAUUCCCAAGAGCAACCCCAAUCCUCAACCGGGCGACCUGACCAUCAUCGGUGCUCAUGCCAAUGGCUUUGUCAAGGAACUUUACGAGCCCCUCUGGGAAGACCUGCUCAAGGCCCUCUCCGCCCGCGGCAUCAGAGUCCGCUCCAUCUUCAUCGCCGACGCCGCCUGGCAAGGCCAAUCCGGACUUAUCAACGAGUCCAGUCUAGGCAACGACCCAUCCUGGUAUGACCACGCGCGUGACCUCCUCUGCGUCGUCAAUGCUUUGCGCCGUGAGAUGCCGCGUCCGCUAGUCGGAAUCGGCCACUCCUUUGGCGGCAACACCAUUGCCUCUUUGUCGCUGUUGCACCCUCGCCUCUUUUCUUCUCUGGUUCUGCUUGACCCGGUCAUCUCCAAAUUUGCUAAGCGCGGUCCCUCCUACGGCUUCAUGCCUAUGAAGCAGUCGGCCUAUCGGCGGGACGUCUGGCCUUCGCGACAGGCGGCCGCUGAGGGGUUCCGGAAGAACAAAUUCUAUCAGACUUGGGACCCGAGAUGUCUAGAGGUGUUGAUCAGCCAUGGUCUGCACCAGGUUUCUCCAGAAAAGGAGGAAGUGACGCUCACGACGUCCAAACAUCAAGAGUGCUUCACCUAUUACCGCCCUAAGAAACAAGAUCAACCGGUGCCGGACUUGCCCCCGGAUCAGGCUGUUGAUCCCAACUUUCAGUUUUAUCGCGCCGAGGCCAUGAUGACUACCCACUUUUUGCCGCACCUGCGCCCCGGUGUACUUUGGGUGUUUGGAUCUACGUCUGACGUCUGUCCUCCCGAGAGUCGCGAGGAGAAGCUGGAGCUUACGGGCACGGGGUGGAACGGUAGUGGCGGAGCGAAGGCGGGCAGGGUGGAGGUACGCACCGUGGAAGGGUUCGGACAUUUGGUGCCGAUGGAGGCGACCACCAGGUGUGCCGAGGAGGCGGCUGAGUUCAUUGCUAAGGAUUUGGAGAAGGUGUGGAGGAAGGAGGAUGAGGAGUUCAGGAAGGUUUGGAAGUAUAAGGAGGGGACGGAGAAGAGGGUGCUCAGUAAGGAUUUUUUGGAGUUGAUGGGACCGCCGCCGGGGAGGAAGAAGACAGGGAAGGAGGAGGCGAAGUUGUGAGCUGUGAAAUGGGGUGCCUUGUAUUCUUUUCGUCAGUGGUUGUGCGUUAGCCAAGGUUUUUCAAUUUUCAGCGAGCUUCUUCGCUAUCUGCCUUCUA